AAACGCUGGAAUUCCCCCGGAAAAAAUCAGUGAAGCCAUGCAAUUUUACAUAGUGUGUGCAGUCGCAUUCUUCGCGUGGUGUAUAGACGCGCGACCAGGCGGCUUGCUAGAGCACUACGGUGGAGGCGGCGGCGGCCAUUUUGAAGGCCUCGAGGGCGGCCAUCUUGGAGGCGGCUACGAGAUUGUCGAGCACGAGGGAAUCAGCAAUGAGAUCACGCAUGGAGGUGAAGGGGGUGAAGGAGGUGAUGGCGGACACGGACACCACCAUCAUCAAGAGGAGUAUAUUGAUUACCAUGCACCAGCAAAGUACCACUACGACUACCACGUCCAUGACCUGCACACGCAUGACAUUAAAUCACAAUGGGAGACACGUAACGGAGACAAGGUCAAGGGUGAAUACACCUUGGUUGAACCUGAUGGUUCAAAAAGAAUCGUCUCUUACACGGCAGAUAAACAUACUGGCUUCCAUGCUAUCGUCAAAAAAGUUCAUGACUUCUAAUCAUGUUGCCGAUCACUUUUGUCAGGUCAAAAACAGAAGUCAUCAGAUCUGAUAAAAUUUAACGCGACUUGACAACACCGCUAUUGACCGAUGAUUUUGUUGUUAUUUAUGUUGAUCCUGUAUCAGUAUUUUGUUGUUUGUAUUCGUUACAAGCUAGCCCCAUACGUUGAGGAACUUCCCUUAUUUGGCCGGAUGCACCUGUCUGUACGUAUGAAGCCGUAACCUAAAAGUGGGCCAUAUGGAUAUUUUUUAGUCUUCAACAUAUCCCAACGAUAUGAUAGGCUGCUUACUACUUCUUGAUACCAUUUCGUUUGCUUUUGGAAUCAUUAUUCGCACAUCCUAGUAUCUAGCAUCCUUGGUCAAAUGAUAUAGAAGUACAAGUUUUGCAGUUUAUUUUUCCUUAGAAUGAUUUUGAAUUAAUUCAGUCUUGGAUUUUAAAUUGACUCCUCAACGUAUGCAGCCAGUAAAAGUUAUAUGAC